AUGAACAAGCUCAUCCUCCUCACUCUCUCCGCCACUGGCGCCCUCGCCGCCGCGCACAGCCCUUUCAACGCCCGCGAGCUCUACAAGGUGUCUUGCAGUGACCAGGGAGCAAAGGACUGCGGCGAUGGCUGCAUCGAGCUCACGUGGACUUGCUGCCCCAGCGGCGAUCGAGGUUGCCCUGCUACUGAGACCUGCUCCCUUGGCAGCAACGGCGAGUACGGCUGCUGCCCCGUUGGCGAGACCUGCGAAGGUGAGGGUGGCGUCAACACCGACGCUUCCAUCAACACCAUCACCGUUCCUGGAGAGGGAGGGGCUUCUACCAUCCUUACCGAAGCGACCAGCGCCGGCGGCGGUUAUGAGCAGCCUCCUGCAGAGACAUCUGCCGCUGUCCCCGUUGAGACGCCCGUCCCGGAGUCCUCCGCCGAGGUCGUAAUCUCAUACACCCCGAUCGGGACGCUCAAGACGGAGACUCAGACCUUUGUUCAGCCUGCGACAACUCCCGCCGGCAUUAUCCCUACUCCCGGAAACAACAGCACCACCCCCAUCGGCACACCGCCCGCCAGCACCCCAACUGGCAUCCCAAGCAGCGGUGCCUCGUUCGGCAUCAACAUGGUCAGUGGCUUGUUAGCCGCUGCUGCUGUUCUCCUCAUCUAG